CUUGCUGAGAAACUUGACCCUGGUGACAGAUGCCCCUGAGCUGGCCUACCCUUCUCAGGCUUUCAUUUGGAAAAGAUUUGAAGAAGUCUUUCUCAUUGCCUCUGGACUUAUCUGCUAUGCACCUGUGUUCAAGGCCUAUUUCUACCAGGGGCUGCUGGAGCUCUAUCAAGAUAAUGUACAGUAUGUCGAGAUAAGAGCUAUCCUGCCUCCGGUGUAUGAACUGGAUGGCACCCGGCACAAUAAAUCAUGGUCUGUGGCAACCUAUCGGGAAGUGACCAGGCAGUUUGUGAAGGAGCACCCUGACUUUCUUGGAGCCAAGAUUAUAUUUACAGUACACAGGAUGCUGAAUGUUUCCCAGAUUAAAGAAGCCAUCGUCACUGCCAUGGCACUCAGAGCCCGCUUCCCAGACACCCUGGCAGGCUUUGACUUGGUUGGUGAUGAGGAUGAAGGUCAUUCUUUAUGGGACCUGAAGGAUGCCCUGACCAUCCCAUAUUCCCUGGGGGUCAACUUGCCAUACUUUUUCCACGCUGGGGAGACUGACUGGCAGGGUACCUCUGUAGACAAUAAUGUGCUGGAUGCAUUGCUACUGAAUACCAGCAGGAUUGGCCACGGACUUGCCCUCAUGAAACACCCAGUAGCCAAAAGCUUGUCUCUGAAGAGGGAUAUUCCUAUAGAAGUCUGUCCCAUCUCCAACCAGGUCCUGCUGUUGGUAGCUGACUUGCGGAGCCACCCUGCAGCUGACCUCAUGGCUGAAGGGCACCCCAUUGUGAUCAGCCCUGAUGAUCCCCCUAUCUUUGGGGCAAAAGGAGUCUCCUAUGACUUCUACGAGGUGUUCAUGGCCAUCGGAGGGAUGAAUGCUGACCUGAGGACCUUAAAACAACUUGCACUCAACUCCAUAAAAUACAGUGCCAUGCUACCGGAUGAGAAAGCCAAGGCCAAAGAGGUCUGGCAGAAAAAAUGGGACCAAUUUGUGGCUGACAUCUCUGAUGAUAGCUUUUUGAGGGAGCUUUAGAGGGGAGGAGACUCAUCUCAGAAGGCAUUUGGCAAGCCAGACUUAUUGCUAAGGGGGAGGCUGCUUCUUCCAUGUGACCUGAGCAGAUGCAUGAACCUCAAAGUCUCACCUGGCAAUGGGUGAUUCUGGUAAGCUAGGCUUAAUGGGCUUAAUGCUAAGACUGAGCUGCACUAUCCUGUGAAAGUCACGGGCUGGAGGUAAGAGGAAGCAGUGAGCCUUUAUAGCAACAACAAAAGAACACCCCGCUCAAAACAGUCAAAACAAUUAAAAAUUGCCAAUGACCAAA